UGCGGUGCUCCCUCCACUUCCGGUUUUCCUCCUGCUUCCGUUAUCCGUUAGCCGCCUCAAUCUCUCUCCUGGGAGACCAAAAAACAAUAAGAAUCAAAGAUCCUCGCUUCCGGUCGCCCUCCUGCACCGCCGAUGGGCGCCGCCGGUCUCCUGGCACCGGGAUGGGCGCAACAGUUCAGACAUAGUGCUGAUAUCAAAAUAUUUGGUUCAAAUAUGACUCUCCACGGAACCCACUAUGCAUUCAGUUUUCGAUGCUUUGCUGCCAAUGGGCGUGGCUUUGGCGCGGAUUCGACUAACAAGAGAAAAAUUAAAAGCAAGAGGAGGCCAAAAGAUGUUGCAGUGGAACCAAGUAAGGUAAUAUCUGGAAAUCCAAAGAACAUGGACCAAUGGGUGCCAGAAUUAAGAACUGGAAGUGAAAACAGAUCUGGUAAACAAGUCAUGGAUAAGCAAUUUCUGCAAAAAGUGGAAGCAGUUAGAAGGUCUGCACUUGAGAAAAAGAAAGCUGAAGAGAACAAAGAUUAUCAAGCUAUUGAUUAUGAUGCUCCAAUUGAGUCAGAUAAAAGUACAAUUGGCUUUGGUACAAGGGUCGGAAUUGGCGUUGCAGUUGUUGUCUUUGGACUAGUCUUCGCUUUUGGGGAUUUCCUUCCUUAUGGAAGUGUGAGCCCUAGCAAAGAAAGUGCAGUAGUUAAACAAAAGCUUUCUCAAGAGGAAGAAGCAAAAUUUAAGAGUGAACUACAAGGUUUUGAAGCAACACUGAGCAAGUCACCUAAUGACCCUACUGCUCUUGAGGGUGCGGCAGUAUCAUUGGUUGAACUAGGUGAGUAUGAGAAGGCAUCAACGUUUCUUGAGAAGCUAGUUAAGGUAAUCCCUGAUAAAGCAGAAGCAUACCGUUUAUUAGGUGAAGUAAAGUUUGAGCUCAAGGAUUAUGAAGGGAGUUCGUCAUCAUACAAAAGUGCUUUAUCUUCAUCAGACAAUAUUGACUUUGAAGUUCUCCGUGGCCUGACAAAUGCAUUACUUGCUGCUAAGAAGCCAGAUCAGGCAGUUGAUGUAAUUCUGUCAUGCCGUCAAAAAUUGAAUGAAAAGAGUCGAACACGACUUGCUGAUUUGGAGGCUGCAAAUGACAGUGGUGGCCAGAAGCCUCAAGAUAUUGACCCCAUCCAAGUUGACUUGCUUUUAGGGAAGGCUUAUUCUGACUGGGGCCAUAUCAGUGAUGCUGUUUCCGUCUACGAUAAAUUGAUCAAUGAACAUCCUGAAGACUUCCGUGGUUAUUUAGCGAAGGGAAUUAUAUUGAAGGAAAAUGGUAAACCAGGUGAUGCAGAAAGAAUGUUUAUUCAGGCGAAAUUCUUCGCCCCAGAGGCAGCAAAGGCGCUCGUUGAUCGCUAUGCACAAAGAUAGUCAAGAAGAUGUUUAAUGGGCAGUUUUGGAUCAUCGAGGUUAUUCCGUCCAUUUCUAGGCGCAGAUGUAGGCAAUUCUGAGUAAUUUUACCCACUGCGCCAACCUGUAGAUAUUGGCAUGGACGACCAGCAGCAUGCUAGGAACUUCUUGUACCAUAGUAAAGUUAAAGGAACCUGGGACAUUCUGUAUUGUACUAUUGCUUUGUAUGAUGAAGCAAAAGGACUAAAAGAAACUUGGAUAAACAUUUACAAAUGUUGGAACAAAUUAAGUUCCUGCUUGUGCAAGAUGGUAUGCUCCUGUGCAGCCA